AGUGACCUGGCUAACUUGAAAAUCAUUAAUUGCAAAUCUCGGGGACUCUGUGAGAGUACUUAGUCUCUGCCUAGAUCCGAUAAGCAUGAAUUCGGUUUUAGUCAUAUUUAGAGUGAGUUUGUUUGCUCUCAGCCAAUUGUGAACAUUUUCUAAAUCUUGAUCUAGGCGCAACUAAAUAUUGUCAGCAUUAUCACCUGCAUAUGUAAGGUGGGUGUCAUCAGCGUACAUCCUCUGAAACUCAUGGGCGCGAUUCUUGGCCUGCGCUCAGCACAGUCCUUGUUGACGGUACCGGAAGUACCAAUGCAGAGCGUGACGUUUUAUUUUGAAAGUACAAAUGUCCUAUGGUGAAUUCGAGGGCGUGGCAAAGACUUCCAACCCUUUGUAGCGAACCGAAUUGGUGAAAUACAGAUGUUAACCGAACCGUCACAGUGGCAGCAUGCCUCUACUGAGGAGAAUCCAGCGGAUUUGUGUACAAGAGGUGCAACCCCUUCACAGACCACAUUCACAGCUAACCACAUUUUUAUCUGAUUCUUAAAGCUUUGCGCAUAUAUAAAUGAAGGUAGCAUUUCUUGCUUUGCUCGAAAACGAUUCUUCAGGUUUGCACUCAAGGAAACUGAAAAGCGGGAUAUACUUUAAUUAUUCUGGAUAUCACAAAAAGCGAAGCUAAAAAUUGUUUUAUUAUACAGUGAAUGAAAAAAAAAAAAAAAAAAAUGAAGUCAUGUUUUUGCUUCUUCACUGACGGAAAGCACAACAAAGCGCGCGUACGUGACAUAAUUACCCUUAGAAAUCAUGCACCACUGUCAUUCAUGACAUGAUUAACCGUGACCUUGAGUGACCUUGACAUGAUUAUUGUAUAAUCAUCAGCUAGAUGACAUCACAGGUGCUGAUUUGUAAAAUUCACUGUACGCUUUCGGCCAAUCUGAAAAGAUGUAGUGAGUUCAAUGUGUAAUAAUUUGCUUUAUCACAUGCAGGGGCCUUGGUGGUGGCAGUUGCUUUGUUAGAGACUACAUGUAGAUGUAUUAGCCUGGUGCUGGGUUGUGGAGGUGCCUCUGUGGUGGCAUUUCCUUUGGCAGCGGCUUUUAAGGCGAUGCUGGUUUAUGGAGAUGCAGGGGCCUUGGUGCUAUUUCCUUUGGCAGGGACCUUUAUAGCGAUACUGGUUUAUGGAGGGCUGGAAACAAAAUAUAAGAUUUUCAAACAAAGAGAAGAAGAUCGCAAUCGAGACGAACAGAAGCUUCUGAGAAGGCUUAAAGAGUCCCAGCAGGAGAAAAUGAAAAGCCAACGCAUAGUUGGAAGUAAGUUUAAAAUUCAAAAAGUUCAUAGACCACUGAUCCAAUUUAAGAUAUAUUUACAUAAUUUUAAGAAAUACACAACAACUUUAAGUUUAAAACAAGACAUGUUUCGAUCGUUCAACGAUCAUCUUCAGUUGUGAAUUCGUUUACAAGUUCGGUGAAUUAAUACAAGCAAUGGCGUAUAAGUUAAAACGUGAUGCAAUUCAAAAUUUCGAAAAAAUUAACGUACAAUUUUAAGAAGCGCGAGACAUGGAAUAACACUUGCGCGAGCACUACAAUUAAUACAAGCAAGAAAACAGUAAAAAAAAAUAGAAAUAAUUACAAUGAUUAUAACACAAAAUGUUACGAACAAAAACUAUAAAAUAAACCGGUACUAAAUAAAUGUAUAUACAUGAAGAACAAUAUCAGAACGAGAGAGUUAAGUCAGCAUGUUUCAGCUGCUUAUUUAAGUGUAGGCUCCUUCACUGGAGAAACACAGAAAAGGCUACACAAACUCGUUCAGCAUUGUUGUACAAACAUUGAAAUUAAGUUAGCUUUUUCUUUUUUUAAAUUUGUUAGUAUGUUUAAUGCUAAGGAACCUGUCCCUCUCGAUCUCCGUUCGCGCGUUGUCUACAAGUUUUCGUGUGCGGGAUGUAAUGCCUGUUACAUCGGCGAGACUAGCCGACAUCUCUCGAUGGGCGUUCGUGAGCAUCUGAGCAGGGACAGGAACUCACACGUAUAUCAGCAUUUGCAGCAAUCCCAGGCAUGUUGGUGUUUAGCUAAUAAGCAGUGCUUUUCCAUCGUGGAUUGUGCACCCAAGAAACUACAACUUAUGUUGAAGGAAGCAAUGCACAUCAAAUGGGAGAAUCCAACUUUAAAUAAGCAGCUGAAACAUGCUGACUGAACUCUCUCGUUCUGAUAUUACUCUUUAUGUAUAUACACUUAUUUAGUACCGGUUUAUUUUAUAUUUUUUGUUCAUAACAUUUGUGUUAUAAUCAUUGUAAUUAGUUCUAGUUUGUACAAUUUUCUUCCUUGUAUUAAGAAGUGUAGUGCUCGCGCAAGUGUUAUUCCAUGUCUCGCGCUUCUUAAAAUUGUACGUUAAUUUUUUCGAAAUUUUAAAUUGUAUCACGUUUUAGUUAUACGCCAUUGCUUGUAUUGAUUCAACCGAACUCGUGCACGAAUUCAAAACUGAAGAUGAUCAUUGAACGAUUGAAACAUGUUUUUACAACAAUUGCUGCUAAUCUCGCAAUCUGAUUGG